ACUUUACCCAUGCCGUGAGUGGGCGGAGUCGUCCAUGUAAACAUUUGCCUUAUCACGUUCCCGUACGAUGUCGUGGCGUUUCUUCUCCUGCUGAAUUAACGUUAGGUUGCUAGCUAGCAAACUAUCUACCAACAAAACUACUGCUGCUUUGAUACGCAUUAUCACCUAAGUGUUACAGUUAGGAUCUUUUGAUUGAAUAAAGGAACAUGAGACGAGCAGGUUUGGGUAAGAGCCCCCCGUUUUAAAUAGAUGACGCUCAUUCAAUGGCUAAAGUUAGCAGGCUAGUUAGCUAGCUAACAGUAUAUAUUUAAUGUUAGAAAGCUACAGAAUAUAGCUAGCUACUACAUUAUAACGGAGUUGUAUUGGAAAUUGUCAUCAGGACAGUAUUAGCUAUAACUAGCGAGCUGUCUUAGCUAGCUAGCUAAUAAUUCUGUCUGACAGGCCUUCAUAGCUAGGUAGCUUAAUGGGUUUGUUAAUUGUGACACAGGCGAAGGAGGACCUCCUGGAAAUUAUGUGGCCAGUGGAUACAGCGCGUACGAAGAGGAAAAUGAACACUUACAAGAGGGUCUGAGAGCCAAAGUCAGCGCCUUGAAACAUGUUAGUAUGUCGUGUUCACAAAGGUCUACAGUAACUUUUAUCUCAUGUUGUUAUUAAUUCCUUUGGUAACCUUAUUUCACGUUUGUCCUGCUACAGCUGUCUAUAGAUAUUGGAACGGAAGUGAAGUACCAGAAAAACAUGUUGGACGAUAUGGUAAGCAAGUGACAUUUUCAGUCAUGAGCAUCUAGGCUACUAGGGUUUGGCCCAUAGCUAGCUAUAUGAUUAAAUUGAAUAUUGUGGUUUUUAACAUUGACGAUAUAUGGUGUUGAUCAAGACUGUUCGAACUUUACAAAUUCAAAACUGUGCAGUUUUAUUAGUUAGGCUGUAUCAGUAUGUUGAGCAUGAAGUCUAAAUGAAUGAACUAAGGCUUAUUCUUGCCACAAAUAUUAUUGAAUGAGAAUGUGACUACUUUAUAAUAUUGUAAAUAAUCACCAAAAUUGCACAGUGUGGAAUGAUUGUCAUUAAAGGCGCAAAACGAUUAUAUCGUAUUUUGCUAUAUUUGGAGUAGCAUAUUGUAGAAGAGGUCUCCCCAAAUAUCACCCACUCCUAUAGGCUACUCUACAUAAUUACUCAACUCAAGAAACAUUCACACAAAUCUCCCUUAUCUAUACCCUCUUCUACCAGAUUGCACAAUCCAUUAAAAGCUGAGUUUGCAUCCAUAACAGGUCACAAUAUUGCUCAACAGAUAGGCUAUAGGGUAAAACCAUAUGAGUUCAAUCACCUUUUGACAGCAUCACAUUAGAUUUGAACAAAACCUUCAAUACAUUUUUGCCCAUUGUAGAAGUGCUCAGAAAGUGACUUUUUGGACCUGAAUGCCAAAACAUUAAGGAGAUGGUGCUCAAAGUUGACCCAUUUUGCAUACCAUACCAUCAUGUGACAUCCAUGUCUUCAUCACUGGAAAAGAUAAAUGGUUGAGUUUGCUACAAUCUAAAAGCGUAUAAACAGGGUUGUGAAACUAUUUUAUUAUUUAUUGAAAAAAAAUUUUUUGAAUAAAAACUAACCUUUCAAGUCAAUUAUAUAAAAUAAAAAAAACCGAACUGUUUUCAUAUUCGCAUAUGUUGCAUUUUAGACCGUUCUUUACAUAAUCUGAGGUUUUUGUGUUGUGCCUGCCAUCGGUUGAGACACAUGCUCUUGAAUACAGAGUGGGUGCAUUUCAAUAAUAAUUCAUUGAAAUUUUAACUUGUAAUUACUACCACAAAGAUGGCCGCCGGUCCACCCACUGUCGAAUGUUAACUUAAAUGGUCAUGUCUACUCUAUCUAUAUUUCUAUGAUUUCAAUAGGUUUCCUAUGGAGGUUUGACAGUAUCAUUUUAAAACAGAUAUUCCCAUUCAGGUCAACAUUCUCUGAUGUGUGGACAUUUAUCAGCCAAAACAUGACACCCAGCCUGUAGAGCAUGUUGUCUCAACCAAUGGCAGGAACAAAACACUAAAACCUCAGGUGUAAAAUAGGGUAUAAGCUACACCAUAUACUAAUAUAAAAAAUACAAUCUGAGUUGACACGUUUAGAUAAGACGAUUUAAGGUUAAAUUAAAAUUGUUAUUAAAAAUAAUUAUUUUUCAGUUAAUUUCAAAAACAGUUCGACAACACUCUUUCUCAACCAUUUUAUAUUUUCCAGUGAUGAAGACAUGGAUGUCUCAUGCUAUGGUGGGGUAUGCAAAAUAUAACUUUGAGCCCCGUUAUCUCUUGAAUGUUUUGACAUUCAGGUCCAAAAGGUCACUUUGUGAGCACUUCUACAAUGGGCAAAUAUGUAUGGAAGGGUUCAUUCGAAUCAUAAGGGGUGCUGUCAAAAAGCGAUUGAAUUCAAAUGGAUUUACCCUACUACAAAUUUCAGAGCAGCAUAACAUGUCACUGGAUUUAUUGGUUUGUUCUUUUUCUCCUAACAGGACUCAGACUUUGACUCAACGGGAGGUUUGCUGGGGGCCACCAUAGGGAGAGUGAAGCAGCUUUCCAGGGGAAGCCAGACCAAGCUCCUGUGCUACAUGCUGCUCUUCUGCCUCUUGGUCUUCACCAUCCUGUACUGGUUUAUCAAACUGAGGUGAUGCGUUACAGGAGGCCCGGCUUUUCCCUCCCUGCCUUGUCUCCUUCCCCAGUCUGUGCCAUGCGUGUACCUCUGGAUCAGAAGACCAGGAUGAUGACAAUGAGACUGUUAGAAUGUGCUUAAUGUUUGAGAAGACCCCCCAAAUCAUCAAUAACAAUGUGCAAUAGGGAAUAAUAAAAAAUGUCUGACAUUAAUUUUAUAGACAGCCCUGAUGGAAUGAGUAGACACUGCCAUAAGUUUACUAUUGUAAUGUAACACUUUCUUACGGAGUCCCUUAACGAUGAGGCAUAUAAGUUGAUUUGUAGCAGAUGUACAGGAUGAGUGAUCUAUUGCAUCAACAAAUCUGGUAAGGCUAAGCAGUAACAU